AUGCCAUAUAACCUUGAAAAAUCAAAUUUUUAUAUCGAUUGGUUAGAACAAUCAAUUGCUGAGGAAAGUCUCAUUCUUUAUGAGUACUCAGAUUUCAUCAAUUUACAGUCAAUAGGAAAUGGCUCAUUUGGAAACGUUCGAAAUGAAGAAGAAAUUGAUUUGUCGAUAAAGGGUAAAUCUAGUCUUAAAUCAACUAAAGAAAUAGAUGAAGAUUUAGAGUAUUUGGAAUUAUCUGAAGAUAUUAAUUUUUGUAGUAAUAUUAAUGAAAGCUAUUCAAGUUUAAGUAAAAAAUCUUUUCAGUCAAAUUUAUCAAAUAUAACGGAUUUUAAAAAUAAAUCUAAUCGUAAAUCAAGUAAAAAGAGUGUAGCGGAUUUGAAAAAAAUCGAGGAUAUAGAUUUUUAUUAUAAUGCUAACAUUAAUAAUUUAUCAGAAGACUCAGUAGAUUCAAUAUUUAUCAAUCACAUAACUGUUGAUAG